CAUACCAUUCAUUCUCUACUUCCAACUUUUACUUUCGUUUAUUACACUCAUUCACAAGACACAGGAUGUCUCCUUCCAUUCUUUUCACCGCGACCCUGCUCGCCCAUCUUGCUAGCGCAUACACCCAAGUCAACGUAAACUCGCCGUUUAUGAAUAAGAACGUCGACCCGAUCGUCUUCCCCGGCCAAUACGACAAGUCCCAUCUCCACUCGUUCUACGGCUCCGAUGCCGUCACCGCCAGCACGAAGACCAGCGCCGAACUCCAGAAGGGCUGCACAAACGCUGAGAACCCCAACGAUCUAUCCGUAUACUGGGUGCCCACGGUGCUGUAUACACCCGACGGCGGCAAAACCCAUAAUCCCGUGCCAGUCAUGCGGUUCAGCGCAUACUACAACCUCGGCGAGACUGAGGCCGAAGUCCCCAUCCCACAGAACCUGCAAAUGGUUGCCGGUGUAGCGACGGCGACAACGCAAGGCGCUAUGGACGCGAAUGCGAAAGCAACCUUCUCUUGCGAAGGCGGCGGCGGCGGUGCGCUUGAUGCCAAUGGCUUCCCCAGCUCAACAUGCGCCAUCCAUCUGCAGCAACUGCUCUAUUUCCCACAGUGCGUCAACACGGAGACACUUAAGACGGCAUACAAGGCUCGUGCAAAUGGUACUCCUAAUGGCUGCCCCGCGGGCAUGAAGUCCAUGCCUCAGCUCCGCUUCUCCAUUCGUUAUGAUCUGCGCAAAGUCUUGCCCAACGGUUGGUCUGGAACGGCGCCGUUGAAGCUGGCUUGCGGUGCUGCGUGGUGCUCUCACGGCGACUUUAUCAACGGAUGGACUGUUGAAGCUGCGAAGAACAUGCUGGCUACCACGAAAGAGAAGCAGCAUUUCUCGCCUGUCAACGGCGCUCUAGGCCAGUUCAAGGCUGGGCCUAAGUGCAAGUCUGCUGAUGCUGACCCGAGCCAUGGUACGAGCGAUUAUGCAAAGAGCGUUGUGGCGAUGAGCAAGCGGUCUGUCAGUGCCUGGGGCUGGGAGACGCGCAGUAGGCUCGCGAGAUUGGUGCAUGGAGCGUAGGCCGUGAAGUUCACUAGGUGCUUACGGCGUGGAGUAUGUUCCCUGUAUAUAUUCAACCCCAUGGUUGUUCCUCGGAAUAGAUAACCUACCCAUCACUGGGCCUAUCCAGUUCAGCACUAUUUUCCAAGUCAACUUAGGAAAUUCAAAAUAUCAUUGGUAUACCAAU